AUGAACAAAUUUAUGUUUUUGGCCUGCUUGGCAGUGCUCGGCUGCAGUCGCUGGGCAGCGGCGCGUCCUGAUCUCAGCCGUCAGGCCUACCGUUACGAGAUUGGCCAAAACGACAACGUUGUCAACACUGGCAUCGUGUCCCCGCCGGUGAUCACCACAAGCACCUCGUAUCAGCCAACGGCAUCGGGCAACACCUACUACAACAAUGUGCCCACUGUGGGUCAGCUGACAGUUUACAGUGGCGGCAACACCUACACCACCAGCGGCGGCGGCGGCGGCGGUGGAAGCGGCAGCAUCAGCAGCUCCUUCUCGAGCGGCGGCGGCGUCGGCGUUGUGAAUGAUCAUAUUGGUCUGACUGGCAUCCAUCCGGGUCCCGCUGUCAACUAUAAGGAACAGGAGGCGUACAUCAGCCAUUUGGCCAACUUCCAGCCACCGAUCAUUAGCAAACACUUCUAUCUGCACACCGCACCCGAGGAUCACGAUGACCAGCAGAUUGUGCGCUAUGUGAAUGUUGGCAGGCCACAGAAGAACUAUCGCGUGGUGUUCAUCAAUGCGCCCGCAUCCACCACCAGCAAGGCCAAGAUCAUUGCCAACGUGGCUCCAGUUGAGGACAAGACCGCCAUCUAUGUGCUGUCCAAGAAAUCGAACGCUCUCGAUGUCACCGCCGAGGUGGUCACACAGCGUCCAGCCAACCACAAGCCCGAGGUUUACUUCAUCAAGUACAAGACACCCGAGGAGGCGGCACAUGCCCAGCAAACCAUCCAGGCCAACUAUGACGCUUUGGGCGGCAGCUCGGAGCUCAGCAAUGAAGGCAUUGUGCCCGUCUCAUCGGUCAUCAACGCCCUGGGCGACAAUGGCGCCUCUGGUGUUCUGGCCGAUGGCUCCGGUCACGUCAACAUUGUUGGCACUGGCGGUGCUCCAGUUGUCGAGAACACUGUCAACGGCGGCGUUGACAGCUCCGGCAUCAGUCUCCAGUACGACGUGAACGGUAGCAGCAGCGCCAACAGCCAGACCACGACGCAGCUGGACAGUGGCAGCCUUGUUGGUAACAAUGUUAUUCAGACCUCCUAUCUGCCCUCCAAGCCCAUCAGAUCGGUCAAGUACUAA